AUGCUUGGAUCACCUCAAUACCAACAAAGAUCGAGAUAAUACAGAGGACCAGAUGUUGAACACAGGAGUCAAGACAGGGCUGGUUAUUAGGAGGGAAAUCGCAGAGGGGGGAGAUCUGAAUAGAGAAAAUAAGAUAUGGAUCAAGAGGAAAUAUUCAGAGGCUUAAGAGUAGCUUUAGUGACAAGUGAGUCGCAAACCCAAAAUCUGAAGCAGCUAAUCGGAGAAUAGGGUGUGAACCAAGAUAACUUUGAAAGGGCUUUAAGAAGCUUAGAUUACUUAAUUGUUAAAGAUUCUAAAUUAGACAAUCAGACAAUUAAUAAGAUUGCCUAAUAGAUUGGAGUACCUAGAGAAGAAUUCUAAAAUUUAGUCUAAGAUUCAUAGAUGGAUGGUUAAGGAUUCUCCAUAGUGACACCUAACUGGGUGUAUGAUUGCUUGGAUAACAACUCACUACUUGAUGAUAAUAAGUAUCAAAUAUAAUUAUCUUCAGAUUAAGAUAUGAAAGGAAAAUAUAAAGGUCAAGGCGGCAAAAAGCAGUAAACGCAUGACAGUGAUGAGGAUUAGGUUAAUGAAGAUACUGCAUACACCUAGAGACACAGAUCAAGGUUCUAAGGAUAAUAAUAGUAACAAAAAGACACAGGUUCAAGAGGCUAUAGAAAGGGCUAGCAUAUUGGUCAUAGCAGAUACACUGAGGGAAUAGAUUACGAUAAGAUUAGUGAGAAAGAUCUUGACUCUUAGGAUGAAAGAGAUUAGUAUAUACUGACUCAGCUUAAAAAGUCUUAAUCUUCAAGGAGAGUCGGAACUUCUUCACCUUAUAGAAAUAAGGAUGGAUCUAUUGACAGAAGAAGGGUCAGAGACGACAGAGGAGGAGAUUAUUAAGAUGAAGAUAAUAGUAGAGGUCAUUAAUAAAGAGGAACUUCAAAUAGAGGGAGAUAAGCAGACGAUAGAAACACAUAUCUCAAUAUAAAGCCAGGUGAAGCGACAUUCAAUCAAGAAGAUAUUGACAAUUUGAAUCCAGAAGAUUUCCCUGCUGAGUAUAGAAACAAAGAUGGGUCAUUAGAUAGAAGAAAGUUUAGAUCAAGCAAAUCAAAAGGAGGCACCUCUUCAGCCCAGAAAAUAUUAAGUCAAAUUUAUGGAGGAUCAGGAAGAGCAAGAGGCAGAUAAGAUCAAUACCAAAGCCAAAGAGGUUAAAAAGGUGGCGAGCAAAGUUACCGCUCAGGACAGUAAAGAAGAUUGAGAAAUCAAUCAGAGGAUGAGAAUGAUAGGAGAUUAUUUGGUCCUUUUAACGUUGAUAGAGCUCCAACGGGCUAAUUUAUUUCAAAAGGCUCAAUUAAGAAUCCAAUUGAGAGAUACCCAAGAGACAGCAAAUAAAAGUUAAGAGAAUAAGGUAAAGGGCAAGGAGAAACUGGAACUAGAGGGCAGUAAAGAAGAUAGAGACAUUCUGAGGAGGAGGAAAGUGAAAUAGAUGACAGAGAGUAUUAGUAAAGAGGAAGGUCCACUUCUCAAAGAUAUAGAGGUGGAGGCAAAAAAAGUGGAAGGAGCACUGGAACGAAAAGGGAAAUUCAUUAUAACAAGGAUGGAUCUAUAGACCUACGAUCCUUUGGGCCAUUCAACGUAGAUAGAGCCCCAACUGGAUAGCUUGUUCCUAAAGGAACUCUUAAGAACCCAAUUGAUAAAUACCCAGAUAGCAAAACAAAAUUCAGAAAAGAAGGUAUUGAAGAAGAAGAGUUUGAGUAGAGAAGAUCAAGAAAAUAACAAAAUAGAAAUGAAGAUGAUGAGGAUGUGGAUUAUGACAGAAAUAGAUAGCAAUAGAAAAGAUCUUAAUAAAAUUCCUACAAUUAAAAACAAGGAAGAAAUAGGAGAUAGGAAGGAGAUGAAAAUGAACAUGAGAGGGAGAAAGAAGAAGAGUUUGAGUAAGAUCACGAUAAAAGACAUCUAGGCCCAUUUAAUGUUGACAGGGCUCCAACUGGUUAAUUUGUAUCAAAAGGCGCAAUUAAGAAUCCUAUCAAUUAAUAUCCUGAUAGCAAAGAAAAAAACGCUGAACCAGGAAAAUCCCAAAAUAGAAGGCAAAAUAGGGCAAGCUAAAGAAAUUAGGAAGAGAGUGAAUCAGAUUAAUAAGAAGACACGGUCUAAUAAUAAAGGAGACAAAAGCAAAAGAGAAGCUAUCAAAGUUUAGAACGAUAAGACCAAGAUAGAGCUCGACAAAGCAGAUAAACUCAGGAAUCAGAUAAAGACUAGGAGGAAGGAGACUCCGAUUAUGAAGGUACCUAGGAUCAAACUCAGCCAAGAAAACAAAACCAAUAGUAGAAUCAAAGCAAAUCUAGAGUUCCUAAAUACUUGUAGACAUCUGAUAGAUAAACUUAGAAAGGAGCUGGAAAAUCAAGCGCCCAAAAGAUGUAUCCUCUAAAUGAUGCAAUCUUACAUUAGUUGGAAUUGAUUAGAAAUCAUUACUCUGAGGUGAAUGACACGGGAAGGAAAGUUGCUUAUAAUAAGGUUAUAGGCUAAAUUAGAAACCUUAACAAACCAAUUAACGAAUUAGAUGACUUAGACCAAAUCGAAGGUAUUGGCCAAAACAUCAGAGAUCAUAUUAGAGAAUUUAUGGAAAACGGAAGAGUAGAAGGAUUUGAAGAAAUGGAUAAGAAAAGGCAAGGAUAGUCAUCUAAGGAUGAACAAGAAGACAAUCAAUAGAUUAUGAUUAAAAAGAUUUAGGAGAUAGCAGAGCAAAAGAUGAAAGACACAAUUAGAAAUGGAUUGAGAGUUCAAGUCAAUCAAGAUGAGAAAAAUUAAUAAGCUGAUGAGAUGUAUUUAGAGAUAAUGAAAAAAGACGGCAAGGCUUUUGACCAACAAUUAGUUCAAUAACUGAUCACAACACUUUAAUAGGAGAGACUCAUUACUGAUAAGAAGCAAGCUAGUUCUGAUUCUAUCAAACAGCUUAAGGAUGAUUAGUUCAUGUGGGAGGGCUCAAUCAAUUUGGAUGAUAAGGAUAUCAAGACUCACUUGAAAUUCAGAAAGGAAGAGGAUGAUUUUUGA